CCCGCCCACAGAAGUGUCCCGUUAGAAUCCUAUGUGAUCCUGCUGCAAAGAAAAUAGAUACACAUGCAUAAUUUGACUGCACUUUUUUUUCAUUGAUGUUUAUUUCAUGUUACUAAUACUGCCUGUUUUUAUUCUGCCAAUUAACCAAGAGAGUGAGAGUUAUUUUUAUAUAAUUGUUUAUGUUUCAAGAACUGAUCAGUGGUUUCAAGAAUAAUUUCUGUAUUUACAUCUUUUACUAAUUAAAAUUAUUUUGUUACGUAGUACCUUAUUGUAACUAUGACUGUUUUUGUUGUCAUUGUUUUGUAUAUUUCUUGUUUUGUCUAUAAUGUUUUGGCAAAUGGAAAGAUUCAGAGAGAGAGAGAGAGAGAGAGAGAGAUGAGUACUGUAGGGACAACAAUACAUUCGUGGUUGUCAUUGUUAAACUGUCGGUAUUGUAGUAAAUCCAUGGUUGAUGUUCGGAAAAGUGCGCGUCUGUGUGCCUCCGUGUUUGUCGGGUGACGUCAUCGCCGUAUCUUCAGGUUAUGGCGGAGUUGUGCUUCUUUGCUGCUGUUUCUGUGGCAUGGUUUGUAAUGGAGGAGCUUCAUGGAGCCUGGAGAAACAUCAGGAAUUAUCUUGGAAUGAAAAACUCUGUGUUUGAGCGAUCAUGUAUUUCUCCCACAAUGAUCCAAGGAUCAGCAUGUCCACAGCACUCCUUGGUCAUCUCAGAAACCAGCCGGACCAUACUUCCUGCCCAACCAGCAGCGCACAGUGCUGUCUGAUGAAAGCGCUGAAGGUCCGAGGGCUGCAGCCCCAGUGCUGUGCUGUCUUCAGUCUUCAUCCAGACCAAAGGAGAAAGAAGUCUCGUAUGUAUUGGAACACAGACUCUACCUCACUCAUUGGGGAGGAACUGCUAGUGGAGGUUUUAGACCACGUUCCUUUAACUACACUUAACUUUGUCAGGAAAACCUUUCUGAAGUUGGCUUUCUGCGACAUAUGCCACAAAUUCCUGUUAAAUGGUUUUCGUUGUCAAACGUGUGGCUAUAAGUUCCAUGAGCACUGUAGCACUAGAGUGCCCACAAUGUGUGUAGACUGGAGCAACAUCCGACAGCUUCUAUUGUUUCCGACUCCUGGUGAAAGUGGGACUCAAUCUCUUCCUCCACUCACGUCUCGGAGAAUGAGGGAAUCCCUGAGCAGAUUUCCCAGCAGAUAUCCUCUCACCGGAGCAGCUCUGUCGCAGAGACUGCGGUCCACCUCCACACCCAACGUACACAUCAUCAGCACCACAAUCACCAUUGACAGCAUCCAGAUUGAGGAUGCAAUACGUGGUCAUGGCUCAGCUUACAGUUCCCUGAAUCGGAGCCUAACAGGUUGGGGACAGAACAAUAUACCCGCACCGGCUCAGAUAGCCAUAGAACGGGCACCAUCCAUCAACACCCAUGACAUAGUCAAAAUCCGGACACGGGAUAAGCGAGACUCAAGUUAUUACUGGGAGAUCGAAGCUAAAGAGGUCAUGCUUCUGAACAGAAUUGGCUCAGGCCCCUUUGGAACCGUUUACAAAGGAAAAUGGCAUGGUGAUGUAGCUGUGAAGGUAUUAAAAGUCACCAAGCCAACACCAGAGCAGGUUCAGGCCUUCCGCAAUGAGGUGGCAGUUCUUAGGAAAACAAGACAUGUCAACAUCCUGUUGUUUAUGGGCUACAUGACACAAGACAAUCUUGCCAUUGUGAUGCAGUGGUGUGAAGGCAGCAGUCUCUACAAACACCUCCAUGUGCAGGAGACCAACUUCCAGAUGUUUCAGCUGAUAGAGAUCGCCAGACAGACAGCUCAGGGCAUGGAUUAUUUACAUGCAAAAAACAUUAUCCACCGUGACCUGAAAUCAAACAACAUCUUCUUAAACGAAGGCUUGACAGUCAAGAUUGGAGAUUUUGGAUUAGCCACAGUGAAAGCCAGGUGGAGCGGUUCUCAGCAGGCAGGUCCAGAUGCAGAUGCAGGACAACAAUCCUUACAGUUUCCAGUCAGAUGUGUAUUCUUAUGGAGUUGUGCUAUAUGAGCUGAUGACAGGGGAGCUGCCAUACUCGCACAUAGCCAACCGAGAUCAGGAACUGCAAGGAGACACAUCAUCCGGUGGGUGGAUUUUGUUUACUUUCUCUUUUGGGGUAGGCUCCGCCCCUGCCUUAUCUUCAGGCAGGAACAUCGGAAUCAUUUUGC